CUUGUAGGUUGACCGGACUGCUGUGACAAAAUAAUUUCCCAACUAGGGAUAAUAAAGGUACUAUUCUCUAACUGAGCUUACCUCUGGCGCCCCCGCCUGGCGCUACUCAGUAACUGCAUCCUGGUCCGUCGUAGCGAUAUCACGCUGGAUGAAAAACGUCAUCAACACCAGACGCACAUCCACAAGACACCAAUAGCAACAAUGCUCUUCUACUCGUUCUUCAAGUCGCUGGUGGGAAAGGAUGUGGUUGUGGAGCUCAAAAACGACUUGAGCAUCUGCGGAACACUUCAUUCUGUUGACCAGUACCUGAACAUUAAGCUCACAGACAUCAGCGUCACUGAUCCAGAGAAAUAUCCACACAUGCUGUCUGUGAAAAACUGUUUCAUCCGUGGGUCUGUGGUCCGGUACGUCCAGCUGCCCGCAGAUGAAGUGGACACGCAGCUCCUGCAAGACGCGGCACGGAAAGAAGCCAUGCAGCAGAAGCAGUGAUUGACCCAUGUCUUGCGUGGGGUUCGGGGGGGGGGGGGAGUUUUGAGUUGAGAUCAUUUAAAGAUGAUUCUGUUUGUGUAAACUUUUCAACUAGAGCUUAAUUGUAUUUCUGACACAGAUAAUUAAUAAUUUGCAAAACAGUCAUCUUUGGGUUGCUUUUCACCUCAGGAUGCGUAUUUGAUACUGUCUUUUGUUUUGUUUAAAAGAAAAAGAAUUUUGAGCCCAGCAGAGGUAAAGAUCUGUUCAAGUGUUUCUGUUGCAUAAUACAAGCUCUGUUUAUCUUAUCUUUAAAAAAGGAUGACUUUGUUUUUUAUGCCACUCCAAAAUAAAAAAAGCUAUUUUAUUUACA